AAAUCAAGUUGAAUUAAUAAUGUUUAGUUCCUUCUUCUCGUCUUCCGUCGGAGUUAUAUCUCUCCGCCUCUGUCUCCGUCGAGACUCUGAAGUCUAUAUCUCUCUAUCACUCAUCUUCUCCGACGCCUCUCGUUCAUCCAAAAAGCUUUCCUAUCUGUAGAUUUUUCAAUCCCUUUUUUUAGCGAUUCAGAUCUUUAGAUUAUUUUUUUCCCGAUCGAUUUCAUUGAGCAUACUCUGUUUUCAUCUCACCUGUUCAAUGGAAUCAAGACUCCGAAUUUAUCUAAAGAGUCUUGAUAUAGUCACUUUUGUAUAGUUUUGUUUCAAUUUCUUAGAUUAUCAAAGUUUCAAAAAUCGCUUUUUUAGAUCGAAACAUUGCUCUGAUUGUUUCUCUAUAUUAAUGCAUCAUUGUGUGUGUUUAACUUCUCUUUAGAAAGAGGUCUCAUUGAUGGAAGAAGACGAAAGACGCGACAUUGUUAUGUCAAGAGCUUCUUCUUGUAUGCAGUGGAGUCAGUGGCAAUUACUUGAUUCAAUUUUACCAACAGGAGGAUUUGCUCAUUCGUUUGGUCUCGAAGCAGCUAUUCAGACUCGGUUAGUUUCGUCUCCUGAAGAUUUAGAAACUCACAUCAUUCAUGUGUUGGAUAACACAGCUAGCUUAUUGCUUCCUUUUGUCUACUCUGCUCUCAAAUCUCCUGAUAUAGAGACAUGGCAUAAACUUGAUGGAAUACUUAACGCUACUUUAACUAACCAAGUUUCUUCAAAGGCGUCAAUGUCACAAGGAUCAGCUUUGUUUCGUAUAGCUGCUUCGGUUUUUACUGAGGUACCAAAUCUUAAGAUGAUUCGUGAUGCUUCUUUGGGGUCAAAAAAUGUAUGUUUCCACCAUGCACCGAUAUUCGGGCUUGUAUGUGGUUUACUCGGCAUGGAUUCCGAGACUUCUCAGAGAGCGUAUCUGUUUGUAACGCUCAGAGAUGUUCUUUCUGCUGCAACGAGAUUGAACAUAGUUGGACCGAUGGGUGCUUCGGUGAUGCAGCAUCGCAUUGCCAUUGUUACUGAAACCGUUUUAGAGAAGUGGAUGAAUCGUGAAGCUGGUGAAGCAUGUCAGACUUCUCCUUUGCUGGAUGUUGUGCAAGGUUGUCACGGUUACUUGUUUUCUAGACUGUUUUGCUCUUGAUGAAAACAUAUGAUAUAACCUCACUUAGGUUACAUCGAUUAGUGCAUAUUGUUAAUUGUUUGUAGUUUAUGUGCUUAUUGUUAAUUUUUCAGUUGGAUCAUAUAUGUGUAUUUGUAGACAAAUCUGUUUUUAUUUCGUUAUUACUAAUCAACAAUAUAUAUGUGACCUAGAAUCCAU